CGUGGUACGAAGUAAUUUCAUUUCAGUAAGCGUCGCGACACCAGUAGAGAAAGAACAAUUAGCUAAAUUCGUUCUUUUGUCUUGUUCAUCUAAAUAAAAGUCAAUAAAAUUAUGAGAAUAAGUAUAAUUUAACUGUACAUACUUAUUACAAUUUCAGUUUACAAACACAAAGCACAAUUAGUAUAAAUACAUGUGUUAAAGGUAAUGAUACUCAAAUGGGGGUCAGUGAUAAUUAUUUUCGUGUAACAAUUUCACUUAAAAAGGAACCAAAUACUGGACCAGUUUAUUGUAAAAUGGAAAAAUCAAAUAAGUAUCGUCAGCAAAAAACUGUAAAAUUAUUUUGUGAUGCGAUGUACCGUUUUGAUGUGAGCUUCAAGCCACCUCAACAGUUAGAGUUAUUUACCAUAGAUGGAGAAUUAAUAGAAGUAACAGAACAGUUAAGAGAUGGAACCGCAUGUGCUUACAGCGCUUAUUAUUCAACAAACAAUGCAAAUCCAAGUCCUCGGGGUCAGCGUAAAGAAUUGCCAAUGACAAUCCGGGUGUUUGGAUCAGAAGACCUAAAAAGUAGUCUUCAAAUAAAAUAUUAUAGGUCAGAUGACCACAAACACUGUGAAUAUGGCUCUAAGUUGCAUUGUAUUGAAUUAGAUUGUUCGAGUUUAGACGGUAAUCUUGCUACUGUCGACAAAGAAACUUAUAGAAAAAUUGGCGUUGAUCCAUAGCAUUCACAGUCAGGAUCUCCUUCAGAGAUCGCAUCGCUAAACGGAAUAAACAUUAUUAAUAAAAUUUAAGUUCA